AGGCGCCAUUGAAUUGUUUUGCCGGUGGACAGACGCAGAAUCAUCACGGCUGUGCGCAAUUCAGAGAAGCAAAACGUCCGUCGGCUCUCACUGGAUUGCAAUAAUCUAACUAUCGAAUCUUUUAGUUUUUUUAUAGUCCAUCUACGCUAAAAAGACAACAUGAGUGAAAUCAACGUAAAAAAGCUUAAGGUGAACGAGUUGAAGGACGAGCUGAAGAAGCGCCAGCUUUCCGACAAGGGAUUGAAGGCCGAGCUUAUGGAGCGGCUGCAGGCCGCGCUCGAUGCAGAGGCCCAGGCCGAAGAGGAAGAAGCUACCGCGGUAGAAGCAACCGAAAAAAACGAGGCCGAGGGAAACAGUGCUGCAGUCGAAAAAGAAGGCAUUGGUGAAGAAGAGCCAGAGGGCGAGAGCAUGGAGGCCGAGGAGCAAAAUGGAGACGGGGGUGAUGCCGCUGUUGUGGGUGAUGGUCAGGACGAUGAAAUGGGCGAGGAGGAGGAGGAUGGGGACGCCGGCGUGGAAAUGGACAAAGCCCUCGAUGAAGAAGAGGAGGAGGACGAAGACGACGAGAUCAUAGACAGAAUCGACGAUGAAGAUGGUGAGCCUGAAUCUCAUCCAUUAGAGGGGGAUGCGGACAAAGACAUCAGUGCUGAUCAGAAGAAUAAGAAGGGUGUUAAGAGACGCCGGGAGGAACAUGGAAGGGGCUACUUUGAAUUUAUUGAAGAAAGCAAAUACAGCCGGUCCAAGUCUCCCCUGCCACCUUUGGAGGAAGAAGAUGAAGAGUUUGAUGACACCCUGGUCUGCCUGGAUCCCUACAAUUGUGACCUUAACUUCAAAGUAUCCCGGGACAGAUACAGCACCUCCUCUCUUACCAUGGAGAGUUUCGCUUACCUUUGGGCGGGUGGCCGUGCCUCGUAUGGUGUAAACAAAGGCAAAGCCUGCUUUGAAAUGAAGAUCACUGAGAAAAUUCCAGUCAAGCAUUUAAACAGCAAAAACAUGGACUUCCAUGAUGUCCAUGUUGGCUGGUCCCUGGCUAAUGGAAGUCUUUUGCUGGGUGAGGAGGAGCAUUCCUACUCCUAUUCAAGCAAAGGGAAGAAGACUUCAAACUGUGUUACUGAAGACUACGGGGAGAAUUUCGAUGAAAAUGAUGUCAUCGGCUGUUUCAUUAAUUUCGAAGCUGAUGAAGUGGAGAUUUCCUAUUCCAAAAAUGGCAAGGACCUUGGUGUGGCUUUCAAGGUCAAUAAGGAGUCCUUGGCCGGACAAACUCUGUUCCCCCAUGUUCUUUGCCACAACUGUGCGGUUGAGUUCAAUUUCGGUCAGAUGGAGACACCAUUCUUCCCUCAGUUGGAGGGCUUCACCUUCCUGCAGCAAGUUCCUGUGGAUGUGCGUGUCAGAGGACCUAAAGGACCGGAGACCAAGAAAGAUUGCGAGGUGAUCGUCAUGGUCGGUCUUCCUGGAUCUGGGAAAACUGCUUGGGUAAAUAAACAUGUUGAAGAGAACCCUGGGAAGUACAAUGUCCUCGGCACCAACACCAUCUUGGAAAAGAUGAUGAUUAACAGCAUUAAGAGGCAAAACAAAGACACAGCGAAACUCUCAGCCAUCUCUCAGCGUGCUCCGUUGUUCCUGGGCAAGUUUAUUGAAAUUGCUGCCCGCAAAAAGAGAAACUACAUCUUGGAUCAGACAAAUGUGUCUGCACCAGCCCAGAGAAGGAAGAUGUGUCUGUUUGCUGGCUUCCAACGCAAAGCUGUAGUGGUUUUCCCCACUGAUGAGGCCUUCAAGGAGAGAACACAGAAGAAAGCAGAAACUGAUGGCAAAGAUGUACCUGAGCAUGCCGUUCUGAAAAUGAAAGGUAUCUACACGUUGCCAGAGGUGGGAGACUGCUUCUCUGAGGUCACAUAUGUGGAACUGCAGAAGGAGGAGGCUGUCAAGCUCUUGGAGCAGUACAAGGAAGAGAGUAAGAGUGCUUUGCCACCUGAAAAGAAACCCAACCAAGGCACCGUGACCCCCAAAAAAGGAGGUGGACGAGGCAAAGGGCCUAGGACCCAGUUCGGUAGGGGUGGUGGUCCAGGCCCACGUGGAGGCAGAGGUGGAUUCCAGGCCCGUGGAAACUUCAGAGGAUUACCAGUACCACAUCGUGGUUAUAAUCGUCACCCACGCGGUGGCUACAUGCCGCCACCACCGCCACCACCUGUCUUCCGAGGAGGGUUCCAUAGCCGAGGUGGAGCUGGUGGGAUGCACAACCGGGGAAUGGUCCCCAGAGGUGGGCACAUGAGAGGCGGCAGAGGUGGAAUGGGUCGCGGAGGGCCUUCAAACAGAGGUAACAUGCACCGCGGUGGUGGACAAGGCAGACCCAAUAACAGAGGACACUUCCAGCAGAAGUUCCGUGGCAGAGGAGGCCAUCAGCAGAAUCGUGGUGGUUUUGGCAACAAAAACGGAUCUUUUGCCCAAGCCUUCAACCAGAGUUGGCAACAAGGGUUCUGGAACCAGAAGCCAUGGAAUCAACAGUACCACCCAGGAUAUUACUAAAUGCGCGUUUGUAUUAAAGACUCUUGGCCUCUUGUGCACUGGAAUGCACAGCCACUGAAUAACCAUCCACUUUUAUGGUCCUUGUUUAUUUUUUUUUUUAAAGGAAGUCCAUUUUUAAAUAAGAGAAGCAAGUGGCAAACAAACAUUCCGCCUACUGAAGUAAACAGUCUACGUUCUACAUAGAUGUGUGCUUGCUUCACUCUUAAAUCUUUGUAAAAUGUAUUUCCUCCCCCUUUUAUUUUGUAUCACAGCUUUGAUAUAUUGUUAUAUCAGGAAUCCCAGCACUUGUCUUGUGCAAGGGAUGCUUUGAAUUUCAGGGUUGUGAAUUUUAUUCUGUAAAAUGUCAUUUUUACUCAAUGUAAAUUAUUAUUUUUCAGGGUUUUUCUUUUGUGUGUGUGUGUGUGUGUGUGUGUGUAAGAGUUAUAGUGUUUAAGAAUCCCUGUCAACGUUAAUCUUUUAGAAUCUUUUGACAAUAAUCAUUAAUAUUUACGCAACAUCUCUGCCCUUCAUGUUCGGUGAAGGAGUGAACAUAUUGUCCUCUAUUUACUUCUUAUAGAUCCAAGUUUUUCUUUGUUAGCCCCAGGCUGUAACGGUUACAUCAUAUGUUUGCAAUAAAUGAUGUGCUUGCUUUUCUACGACAUUUUAUGGCUUUUGACUGAUAUCUUGAACAACCCAUUUCAAAGAGUCUUUGAAUGGCAGUCAGAUUUGUCUCUAAAUUCAGGACCAUCAGACUCUAUUGUCUUGUUUUUGUAGGGCGUACACUGGAAAGAUUUUUAAAUCAGUUUAGCCAGUUACUUUGAUUUGUUUCUUUUGCACUGCAUAAUUUUAUGCAUUUGUGUCCUCUAAGAAACCAAGAGAAGCCACAAUGAAACAUACGUUCAUCUGAAGUUAAGCACUUGAUUUUGCUUAUUGAUUUACACAAUUCAGCAAAGCUUUGUUGAUUUAUAGCUUCAUUAUAAAAACUGCACUAAACUUGCUAAUACUGUUCAUUCUGAUUAACAUUUUAUAGCAACACUUUUUAAAAUGGCUUAGCAAAAUAUUUAAUGCAACCUUUUUUAGUUUUAACUGAGUAAUCGCUACAUUGAUCUAUGUAAUAUUGCAACUAACUUGUUUCAGGUGUACAUUUAAAAUUACAUUUAUACAACAAUAUUUAGACCAUUUUACAAGAAAUGUCCUAAAAGGUUUCCUUUGGGAUUAAUUUGUCAAAUGGUGGCCUUGAAAGCGGUUUUAGAUGUAACAACCAGCAAAUAAGCAAGUUCUCUUAUAUGUUAAAUUCUCAGAUGCAUUACUAAUGUUACAUGGAGAGAGCGGUGAAAUACUGGCGAGUCGACUGGAUUUACUAACCGAUAAGGAUUUCCUCGAAUUGCAUCACCUGCUUAUUGAUACUCAUCUUUGAAACCACAAUAAUAUCACAUACACCCCAUAUUCCCAUCAGUGAUAAAUUCUGAUUUUCAUCGAUCCAGGCCCUUGAUUUGUCUGAAUUAAUCCAUUUCUUAUAAAGCGCCAACUGGCCAAAGAAAAGGGCAGCUAUUUUUGACUUAAAAUUGGUGUAUUUUAUCAUGAUGCAAUAGUUGAAGUGGAAUAUUUUAACUAUAUACCAUUUAAAUUGAUGUAAAAGUAACUUAUUUCAGGAAGCAUUGUUUUUUUUCUGUAAAUGAUUUCCAGUGGGUAAUGGUUUUUAAUAGAAUAUGUGGUUUUUAAUUGGAUAGCAUGGCAUGAUAGAUUUGUGAUGAUACUGUUUUACUACACAGACGUUGCUUGUGCAAAAUACGCUAUUUUGAGGAUGAAAAAUGUAUUUACUAAACUGUGCUAAAAAUGUGGCAUUGUGUGUUCUUGAGAGACUGCAGGUGGGAUGUUGUUUGUAUUUUGGCUUUGAUUUUUCAGCGAUGAAUGUUAAAAGUGUUUCAAUGUAAGGAAAUGUGUCAUUAAAUAAUGUAAUAAACCUCUGAGAUAAA